GGAUAUCAAAGCGGCGACUGCGGAUACUGCAAAGGAGACGAAACAAGCGCUUCAUACUAUGUCCGCUCCACAAGGCUCACGCCCGAGCACUAUCAGGAGCUCAUGGAUCGUGGGUGGAGACGGUCAGGAAGCCUGCUGUACCUGCCGGACGCCUCCCGAUCAUGUUGUCCGCACUACACAAUUCGACUUCCAGCAGCGCAAUUCACACCAUCUCGAGACCAGCGCCAAACCCUCUACCGCUGGAACAAAUUCGUCCUCGGCGAAGACUACAUCAAGCAAGAAAAGCUCAAAUUCCCUCGAACAAAAAACAGACAAAAGAAAGCCGCGGAAACCUUCUCCCUCCUCCCCACCCUGCACGCCUCCGAACUCUCCUCCCUCCACAAAUCCCUCACCCCCGCCCACGAAUUCACCCUAACCCUCGAACCCUCCACCUUCACCGAAGAAAAAUACCUCCUCUACGCCCACUACCAAUCGCAAAUCCACCACGACCCACCCUCUGAAAUCUCCCGCUCCGGAUUCCGUCGUUUCCUCUGCGACUCCCCUCUCGUAUCCUCUCCCGGCCCUCCCGAUGGAUCUUCCCACGCACUGGGUUCCUACCACCAUCUCUACCGCCUCGACGGCCGACUCAUCGCUAUGGCUGUUCUGGAUCUCUUGCCGAGGGGUGUGUCGGCGGUGUACUUCAUCUAUCACACUGACUUUGAGAAGUUCAGUCUGGGCAAGGUAAGUGCGAUGAGAGAGGCGGGACUGGCGUUGGAGGACGGGUAUGAGAAUUAUUAUAUGGGGUAUUAUAUUCACGAGUGCAAGAAGAUGCGGUCGCGGGAGAAGAGGAGGCUUCGGGCGCGGCGGAGUGAUGCUCCUGAAGGUACAGAUGGACACGACCACGGAGACGACGACAACGAUGACGACGAGCCAGAUUCGUACCAUACGCCACUCCUCGCCACCCAGUCGAACCUCUCCCUCCUUUCGCUUGGCAUGCCCGGCGUCAUGUCCCUCAGUCAAGUGAAAGAGGAAGUCGACUUGGACGCGAUGAGGGUGAAAGUGGGUGUAGGAGGAGGGCAGAUCGUCAGAGUCGACAGACUUGUUGCUUGGGAGGGGGACGGAGGUGAGGACGAGCGUGAAGAAGAUAGGUUGCUGAGAAAGGACUCAUUGAAGGGAGUCUUUGCGGAGUUCGCGGCUGCUGUUGGACCGAAAAUGGCGAGGGAGAUGGUGGUGAACUUUUCGUGA